UGCAACUUCCAUACUCACUCAAACAUAAACCUACUGCCCGAGAAAAGCAAAGAAAAUAAGAGAAAACUAUAUAUCUUAAAGCUUGGGCAACAAAGCCUUACAUCAUGGCUACUAUUACUGUUGAGUUCAUUAGUUGUCUUGUGUUAUGCGUGGUCGUUGCUAUGCCUAUGACCACCCAAGCCAUAACAUGUGAUCAAGUCGUUGGCGGCCUGACCCCCUGCAUUGGCUACCUAAUGAGCGGAGGAGAAGUAUCAGCAGCAUGCUGCAAUGGGGUUAGGGGUCUCAAUAGCGCUGCUAAAACUACGGCUGACCGCCAACAGAUUUGCCAGUGCUUCAAAUCUCUAGGUGCCGGAGGUAUGACUAAUGGUUAUGCGUCCAGUCUUCCUGGAAAAUGUAACGUUAACGUUACUUUCAAGAUCGGCCCGUCCACUGACUGCAAUAGCAUUAAGUGAGGUGAAGUGAAUAUAUAUAAUAAAGGGUACUUAUGUAGCGUGAAAAGAAUAAGAAGGAUGGCAUCGAUCUCCAUUGCAGCGAGUCUCCUUCCUGUAGUUGGUUUUUUCUUUUUCUUUUCUUAAAUAAAAUGCGAAAGAUCUCUUAGGACGGUGCACCUGAAUAUCCCUGCUAGCUAGGCAGGCACGAACUCUCCUGUACUUGGUUAAUUUCUAUAGUUUCUACUACUCCUUGUCCUUGUAUGCCACUUAUCUAUAUAAGUUGAUAAUUACAAGAGAUCUUCUGUAAGCUAA